AUGGGCAAGACACUUGUGUAUCCCAAGGGUAUUAGCAACACGGCCAACCGUUACGCUAAGCGAGUGACCUACGAUCUCGGGCCUAUUCAUUCCAUCAUCAAUGCGGCAACUCACCUUGAUGUCGCUUUCGUGCCUGGCGGCGACGAUCCAUUCCCUACAAUCAUCCCUAUGAUCGGACAAAUGGGAUCCUACGAGUUCCCUUCCAAUGGUAUCGACGAGCCUCUGGACUGCUAUAUACACGGAUAUGUCAGUGCACGCAUGAUGAACAUGGCACGGGCGGCUGGGGAUAAAGGCCUCCCUCUCUGCAUCUCAGCAACUCACGUGGAUGGUCUUGUUCUAUCCCUCUCUCCUUUCUCGCACAGCUACAAUUACCGCUCUGUUGUUCUGCAUGGUUAUGGUGUGCCGGUCACGGAUGAGGAUGAGAAGAACUAUGCCAUGAAGCUGAUCACUGACGGCGUCGUGGCUAAACGAUGGGACAAUUCACGGACUCCCCCAACGGCAGGCGAGUUCCAGAGCACGACCAUCUUGCGUGUAAAGAUUGUUGCUGGCAGCGGCAAGGUGCGUGAUGGUGAAGUGUCAGAUGAGAAGCAGGAUAUCGAUAGCAUGGAGGUGAGGGAGAAGGUGUGGUCUGGUAUCGUGCCUGUCUGGCAGACCCUUGGCGAGCCUGUCCCUAGCUCGACGAAUAUGGUGAAAGAGGUGCCAGCGUAUCUAAAAGAAUACGUUUCCAAGGUAACAGAGGAGAACAAGAAGCAUGCAUAUGCUGCAAUGAAGCUUCCUGCUCCUUGA